GCUGCACGUGCAGAGUACACGUGAGGUCACGUGAAAUCCGUGACGUCACAGUGAAGCAUUCCACAGUAUAAAUUCAUCGUCGCCUCACAUUUAAUCUAAUCUAGUGUGAUCAAUUGAGUGAGAAUCAGAGCAGAAAGAUUAUCACGUGAACAAACACUCAAAAUAACUGUUUUCCAGCACUUCAUUACAGCACUAGUGUUUCUGUCUGUAAUCAAUGGAGCUCAAGUCUAAAAAGAGUUCAAUAUUAGUAGAUAAUACAAUAAGAGCUGGAGAAAAAAACAUCACUGACCCUUCAGGAGCAAAUCCAGAGGCUUCUCCUGCAGCAGCAGCUAUGGAGAACAGCCCAGCAGAAAAACCAGCUAAACACAAGAAGAAAAGCCUUUGUGCAUUCUUCAAGAAGACAUGGCUUGCUGUGAAAAGCACUCGUCGAGGCAACAAAACAGCCCCUCCUCAGCUUGUGACGGACACAGAUUCAGCUGAUCUUCAGUGUGGUCCUUCUGAUCUCGAACCAGCAGCACACUGUCAUCCAGCUGAUCCACAGCCAGGCCCGUCCGGCCUAGAGCCAAUAACUCUACAGGAUCAACCUGAUCCUCUGCCAUGUCUGUCCAGCAUCACACCGAUAGUCUGUGUUGAAAAUCCAGCUGAUCCCAAGCCAGCUGAAGUACCAUUUGAUGAGAUUUAUGAAGUGGGAGAUGAGCUUGGACAAGGAGGCUUUGGCACGAUGUGUACGAGGGACUUCAAAAAUCAACGCAAGAAGGUUGCCAUCAAAAUCAUCCUCAAGUGUGAAAGAGACCGUUAUAUUGAACUACCUGGCUGUUCAAAGCCACUGUUUGCAGAAGUGGCUGCAAACCUGCUGCUGACACAGGCACCAUUAAGCCCCUACAUUGUGUACAUGCUGGAAUGGUUUGAAGAGGAGGAUCGGUUCAUCCUCAUCCUGGAACAUCCGGAACCCUGCAAGGACUUGCUCAAAUUUGUGGUUAACAACAUGCAUUGGCCGAACGAAUUACAGACACGUAGCCUGAUGUAUCAAGCGGUGCUCGGGGCCAAGCACUGUCUUGACCGAGGUGUCUUUCACCGGGACAUUAAGUUGAAUAACUUUCUGAUCAACACGACGACUAACCGAGUCCAACUAAUAGACUUUGGCUGCAGUGACCUCGUCAAAAGUACAGGCUACUUGGGUGAUUUUAUAGGAGGAGUCUGCCCGCCUGAAUACUACAACGACUUAAGAUACAAGGCAGAGCCAACAACCGUCUGGUCUCUGGGUGUAAUGAUGUACGCAAUGAUGUGCAAAUGUCGACCCUUUAGCAGUCCUGAAGACAUGAUGCAUGGCAGUCUGAGUUUUAACGUUAGAGUAUCCACAGAAUUGCAGAAUUUGAUAAGUCGCUGCCUGACUGUUGACCCAACUAAGAGAGCGACUAUUGAGGAGAUCCUACAGCAUAAAUGGUUU